AUUAAGUUGCAGAAUUUCAAAAGGAAAGCAAAUUUCAAAAAUAAUGCUGCAACCGACAUUCAAAUAAGCAGAGGAACGAAAAUUCAAGUUCUUGAAAAAGCAUCUUUUCCUCACUGCAAGCUUUCGAAAUCUAUUUCACCAAAACUUAAAAUUAAAGACAUCAAGUUGAAUUCGUAUGAUCGGCAAGAAGUUACUGUCAUAGGAUACAUUGACAAAAAAGAUUGCUACGAAACAAACUUCAGAGAAGGAUCUUUACGGAAGAUGGAAGUGUACUUAUUCGACGAAUCCGAUGUAAUUCUAUUGACCUUAUGGAAUGACUUCAUAGAUAGUGUCAAAACUGGACCAUACAAAAUUUCCAAUGCAAUCGUUCGUGUAUUACAUGAUGAUGACAAGGUGCUCGCUACGGGUCCGGAAACAAUAUUCGAAGUAACAACAAAAAAAUUCAUUUUGAAACCUGCGCCAAAGUUAUAUCGCCAAGCAAAGUUUCCUCUUGCUGAUGUUGCGAUUGUCAACCGACAACUCAAAUGUCACAAGUGUGGUAAGGACGUUAAUCACCUUACUCCCGACUGCGAAUUUGUAAAGUGCGUAUGCGGUGUUAUUUCACGUUCUUCGCAACUGAAGGUGAACCGCAUAGCUAAGGUCACUACCCAGGAUAAUAAGGAGGAAAUUACAAUAUUCCAACCACAGCUCUUCGAGUAUGCGCUAAAGUACAAGCUUGCUGGAAAUAACGAGGAAGCUUUGACAAUUGCUCUUUUAAAAGAUUCCGAGACAUCCUUCAUAAUUGACAGACAUGAUAUCUGUAUUUGUUUUUUGUAAACUUUUCCAUAUGUUGACAGGGUGUUGAAAAAAACUACCCAAGAACGAACACAUUUUCAAUUUUUGUUAUUUUUAUAGUUACUUUGGUAUAUUAUUUGUAACCUACUGUUCUGCCCAAUCUUAGGACGCUGCCCAAUCUUUAGACAUAAAAUUGCCCAGUCUUAAGACUGGCCGGCCAGUUUAAAGACUGGGCAGGGUGUCACAAGAUUGGGCAAAAGACCAUGUUAGGCCCAUACUUGGCGCUUUUUAGAUUUUAAAGAAGGGAUGUAUGUUCUGCCCAGAUUGCGAAAACGGCCUGUUCACAACCGGGACAGCCGGAUUAUGUAUGCAUGGUCCGAAUAUGUUUUUUCCCCCUGGUUAUCAGCGUUCAUAACCCGCUUGAUUAUGAACGCUAAUAUAAAUGGCUGGGAUUUUCUUCAAACUUUGUAAAUUAAACAUUCUCUGGAAGAUAGCACACCCCUAAAAACUAGACAUGGUGAAAGAAAAAAGUGUGGACGUAAUUCUUAGUAUAAACUACUCUUGUAAAUACAUUUCAACUAUAUACUUUAAAGUAACUAAAUUUCACGGAACCUAAAUUAUUCUUUUUGCAGAAAUUAUUUUGGCGAAUCCCAAAAUUUCGUUUCAUUUAAGAACAACAACAACUUUGCCACCAGGGCUAUUUGCUUGUCAGAAGUGAUGACGAAUGAUAUAAAGCAGUCAGCCCCGAUUGUAUUUGUUUUAUAAGUCUCGAAUAAUAUUUAACUGUCAUACAUAAGCCGGCCUUUCCCGAUUAUGUUCGUUCUAUAAUAAGUGAGAAAUAAUAUUAGACUGUCGUAUAUAAACUGGCCCGGCCUGAUUAUGUUGCCCUGAUUAUGUAUUUUCUGCCCUGUUCUUAACCGGGGCAAGCUGCAAGUCCCAACGAACAUUCUCAGGCACAUUAAAACAUAUUUUGGGUACUGUUGAAUUGACCUGGCCAAAUUUUGGACACAGUAGAGUGAAAAUCAUAGCUAGCUAGGUAGCUGGUAGAGCACGUGUUAUACAUUUAGCAUUUAUAUACAGCUUGUAGUAGUGGCUAAAUUUUAAAAAUAAAAUGUUUAUAUUUAUGAAGAAUCAGAAAAAUUGUAUUCAACCAUAUUAUUAGUUAGCUAGCUGUUAAUUUCAUCGGAUGAGAUGUUUAACUAGCUAGCGAGCUGUAGCCAGCUAGCUAAUAUCAUAGUCUAUAGAAGAAAAACCUUAUUAGACUAUGCUAAUAUGGUUGAGUAGUUUUAAUUUUUUAUACAUAAAAUACAUGGUAUAUAUAAAUUGU